CGUGAAAAGUCAAAGUAAGCCAAGUGUAACGCUUCACGUGAUUAAUUGUGUAUUCGUGGGAUUAAAUAUUUUUAUUAAGAAUUUAUUUCUUUGGUUGAAUAUCUAUUUUUAGAGUUAAUGAUCUGCAAACAAAUCCGUGAUAAGAAAAAGCACCUACCAGACACUCGUUUUCUAUUCAUGAUGAAAAAAACUUUAAAUGGAAACAAUGUCAUCGCCUUCAAGUCCUGCUUUUUUGCAAGGUCAUUUCCUCAAAACUUAAAUAUAUAAAUAACCAAAAAUCAGUAUCUCGGCAUUAGCACAAGAAAAAAGUACAAUUUAUUUUUCAUGUUUAAAGUACCACUUUUAGAUUUUUCUGGAUAAAUUUUGAAUUCCGACCAUGAUGAAGUUCUUAAUCUUUUUUUUGGCGGCACUUCAAGUCGUAUUCUCAGAUAGCUCUAAUUCUGAUAAGCCCCCGAAACCCCCAAAAAACUUGGUUGACGACAAAACGGCUUUACGGGAAGGUUUUGGUAUGACGGAAGAAGAAAUGAAAGCACCAUGUAACAAAGUUACUGACGAAAAAACUAGGACGACAAACAUCGCAACAGCUUUUAUGGAACUUUCAAUUGCUCAACAGUCCGAAAAUCCCCCAAAAGCUGAUGAUUCAACGUAUGACAGAAAAGUUAUCCAAGCAGCGCUACCAUGUGCACCGGCCAAUGUAGUUAACAAGAAAGUGGACCUCAUUAAGCAAGGCCGCAAGAAAAAGAUGGAAAAGGCAUAAAGAUACUGGCAAGUGAAUAAAAGGAAAAUAUAUAUGACGA